CCAUGUCUGUCCACAGAUCCCGCUUCUCAGAAGAUGCACUAUUAUAGAUACUCUAACGCCGAGGUCAGCUGCUGGUACAAGUACCUCCUUUUCAGCUACAACAUUGUCUUCUGGAACCAGUGCUGCGGGGCAUAUGGGCCUGAAGACUGGGACCUCAACGUCUACUUCAACUGCAGCGGUGCCAGCUACAGCCGCGAGAAGUGUGGGGUGCCCUUCUCCUGCUGCGUGCCGGACCCCGCGCAAAAAGUUGUGAACACACAGUGUGGAUAUGAUGUCAGGACCCAGCUGAAGAGCAAGUGGGACGAGUCCAUCUUCACAAAAGGCUGCAUCCAGGCACUGGAGGGCUGGCUUCCGCGCAAUAUUUACAUCGUGGCCGGCGUCUUCAUCGCCAUCUCCCUGCUACAGAUUUUUGGCAUCUUCCUGGCGAAGACCUUGAUCUCGGACAUUGAGGCGGUGAAGGCAGGCCAUCACUUCUGAGGAACAGAGGUGAGCAAGCAGAGCUGAGCCACGCCAUGGAGGCCAGAGCCCUUCACUCCUGUCAAGUCGACAUCCAGAGGGAGAGAAGUGGACGCACCCAGCCAGAGCCAGCACCCUGUCUUCGGCCUCAGCGUGCCGCAACCUCCCUGUUUGUGUUUGCUGGUGCUGAAGACCGUGGGGCCCCUCUGACCUGCACGGACUUGGGACGGAGACCCCCCCCCGGGGUCUACCUAGAGACAGAGAACAUGUCUUUAAGCGGGGGUGGUGACUCUGAGGGACAGAAGGCUCCCGUGGCUGUGAAAAGGGCUUGACUUGGUUCUCUUGGAGACUAAGCGUGUCUGCAGGGCACCCUGGCCUCCCCACUCGUGUCACUGGUGCUGGCCCGGAGGGCAGCCUCGUCUGCUGCGGGUGGGACAUGGGGGCGGGGGGGCCCAGCAGACGCGGACGAGGCUUCUCCCAGCAGCAGAAGGACCUGGGGAGGGGAAGGGGCACAGGUGGACCAUGCCAGCAGAGCCUGUGGUGUCUGCACAAGUCGGGGGAUGUUUGCAGGAUCCUCAGCCAUGUCCAAGUAAGCCAGAGCCAUGUGUGGACGGUGCCCCGGAGCGCCCCGUCCGCUGCCCCUGCCAGGGCGAGACCCGCCUCCAGCUUCGACAGCGGAGUGCCCGAUGGCACGGAGGGAGGGGGGCGUGGGCAGGGUUCUCCUGAGUCGGCUCUCCUUCUCUGAAAGUGUGUAAAUAGUUUAUUUAUAGGGAUAAGAAUGUUCUCACACCGUUUCUUCAUUUCCUCUGGCAUUCCCUCCAAGCAGCCUUACACGGUGUCUGGGACUGAAACCAUCCCUCUCAGUUCCUUUGAGUGUCUCAAGAACCAACCCCAUCACUUCCCCUUUUCAUGCCUCACAGCCCAGGUGCACACGCGCGCUCCCCCUUCCUCUGUGCACCCCCAGCUCACAUGCACCCACUCCCCUCCCCAGCUUGGCCUCGCCGGCUUCUGGUCUUGGUGCUACUGAAACCGCCACCCGGAACUUGAAUCCUGACACACACACACACCCCUCCCGCCCAAGGCAAGGGCCGGAGACGGCCAGCCUGGAACCUGUGACCAGGGCUCCUGUCGAGGCCACAUGCUAAGGGCCGCUGGUCGGCCUGGCAUUUGCCUCUCCCUGGAGAGCGGACCUGCGGCCGGGCCCCUGUGUGGAGCCGGAGACCCCAGCCUGCAGCUGUGUAGAAGCUCGGGAUGGUUCUUUUUUUUGGCUAACCUUUGUGAUGACCCCCCUCCGCUGUCCCCAAUCAGGAUGUCUGUGGUGAUCAUGUCCACCCUCCCUGGCAGGGCUGUCCUGGGGCUUGCUCUUGGAAAUGAAGUCUGUCUUAUGUACCGAAUGGUUUGUGUGUCUUUGGCUGGGCUCCUCUCUUAACGCUUCUCUGGAUCUUGUACCAGUUCUGUCCUCAUCAUUCAGGGAUUGAGUGCUACCUUCACUGACUUGCCGAAGUGUACAUGCUAGUGUGGUGUAUACUGGUGGGUGUUUGUUGAUGAUGUUAUGAUUUUUGUUUUUGUUCUUGUUUUUUUUUUUUUUCUUUACAAUUUUCUCUGUAGACUAGAGGAAGAAGAAUGCUUGUGUUUUCAGGAAGUAUGAUGCUUUUCUUUGACUGCCAAACUCUUUUAUGGAAUAUAUCUUUAUAUUAA